AGAGACGAGGGGACGCGUGUGCUCGAUCACAUUUGAUUAUUGGCUACGUCAACGCCCUCCCUCUCGCUCGAAAUGGGAGAACUCGGAAUGGUGACGCUCUGCAUUCGCACAACUCCCCUCCAUCCCCAAUCUUCCCACGCCCCAGCAAAGACCGCCAGCCGCCUUCUCCCUCCCACGCAGCAAUGGCAGACAACGAAGCACCCUCACCCACAGACCCGCUACUGGGCCGCGCUCAAGACACUCACCCAGCCACCACCACCGAAAAUAGGAGGAACAAGCAUAGGAAGAUCAUCGCAAUCACUUUUGCAUCCGCUUUUGUUUUGUUGCUGGUUGCGACCGUGGGGGGGAUUUGGGUUGCGAAGAGGAAGGGGAGGAAUGGGGGAUCAGGCAAACGCAAUGUGAUUUUGAUGGUCUCUGAUGGAUUUGGACCUGCAUCCGAGACGCUCGCGCGACAGUACUACCAGUACACGGAGAAUGUGCCGUUCGACACAAAAUUGCCCCUCGACACCAUCCUAGUGGGCUCUUCCCGCACGCAGAGCUCGGACAGCUUUGUGACCGAUUCGGCCGCUGGUGCCACGGCAUUCGCUUGUGGGAUCAAGACUUACAACGGUGCCAUCGCUGUGAACACUGAGCAGAAGCCAUGUGGAACCGUCCUUGAGGCGGCAAAGGAGCAGGGAUACUUGACUGGGAUGGUUGUCACCUCUCGUAUCACACAUGCCACGCCGGCUUGCUUUGCGUCGCAUUCUGACAGCAGGAAUCUUGAGGACGACAUCGCCCUCGACGAGAUCGGCAACUACACCCUCGGUCGCCGCGCCGACCUUAUGUUCGGCGGCGGCUCCUGCUUCUUCCGCCCCAAACUCGACACCCGCUCCUGCCGCGCCGACUCCAUCGACGCCUUCGCCAUCGCCCGCGACAUCGGCUGGCACGUUGGCGCCCAAGAUCGCACCCUCUUCGACGCCCUCGACCCAACCUCCAUCCCUUUGCCUUACCUCAACCUCUUUGCCGACGACCACAUGGCCUACGAAAUCGACCGCGAUCACACCCUCGAACCCUCCCUCAAGGAAAUGGCCGAAAAGGCUCUCGAUAUCCUCACCUAUGCAUCCAAGGACACUAAGGGCUUCUUCCUCAUGAUCGAAGGCAGCCGGAUCGAUAUGGCCGCCCAUAACAACGACCCCGCCGCGCAUAUACAUGAGAUACUGGCCUACCAGGAGACGAUCAAGACGGUGAAGAAGUAUGUCGCGGAACACCCGGAUACGGUUAUGAUCUCGGUGUCGGAUCAUGAGACGGGUGGAUUGUCGGUGGGCAGGCAGUUGGACCCGCAUCAGUAUCCGGUUUAUGAUUGGAACCCGAAGGCGCUUGUUGGGGCGAAGAAGUCUAUCGAAGUUCUAACACCCCAAAUCGCAUCCUUCCCCGAACGCAAACUCCCCCUCCGCCGCAUCUGGGUCAACAACACGAUUCUGGCCAACACGCUCGGCGUGCAUGACGCGACAUUGGAAGAGAUUGAUAGCUUGGCGGUGAGGGGGACGGCCGAGGUGGAUAUUUUGAUGAGCUUGGGCGAGAUUUUGAGCAGGAGGGCUGGGUUGGGGUGGGCAACGCAUGGUCACUCUGCCGUUGAUGUCAACCUGUAUGCAUACGGCCUCAACGCCGACCAACUCCGUGGCAACCACGAAAACACCGAGAUCGGCAAAUUCAUCAUCAGGCAGUUGGAGUUGGAUGUUGAAAAGAUCACUGCCAAACUCAACAGACGCCAAGAAGCGAUCCACGGCCACGAAGAAGGAGUUUGAUGUGAAACACUAUCAUCAUGGAGAGUCGUUGUAGAAACCACCUUCCCCUCGUAUCUUAUGAGACGCGUACUGUACAUCCCGCAUUCACCCCCCCUUUUCCAAUCUCAUUUUUCGUUUAGCUGUUACCACACCUUCC